AAAAGAUAACAUUCAAACAUGAAGCUAAGCCUCCGAGCCCUAAAGUUGACCUCACCGGUGCUGAUGCUGCUAUUGCUGGUGCAUUUACCACAGUCAGCUGUUUUCGCGGCCCCAUCGGAAGCAUUCAGUACCACACCGGUGGCAAUAGUUAGCCAAAGUUCGACCGUAAAUCCAGACGGAAGCUUCAUUUCUGCCUUCGAAUCGGCGGACGGUAUCAAGGUGGAGGACGAAGGGCAAGUGAAGACGAUCGAGGUGCCAUCGGAAAAUGGAAACCAACAGGCGACGGUCGUGGUGCAACGGGGUACCUAUUCGUACUUUGCGCCCGACGGAACACCGAUCAGCGUGCAGUGGACGGCGGAUGAGGGUGGAUUCCGAGCGGAAGGAGCUCAUCUCCCAGUUGCGCCCUAAGAACGACUUGUUGGCUGGCUGGCUGGCUGCUAGACCAACAGUGAUCGGUCGAUCCCCAAGAAAUGAUCCCAAAUAAAGGCCGUUUCCGUCCACACGUGAUAGUGUUUGUGUGCAUGAUGACGUAACGUCCCUGAAGAUAGACGGACAAGAAGCGGCCACAGCGAACGCCCGCCUAACGAAUGUUAGCUCGCCAGCUCAAUGUGUUGGCCGCUAAAUUAUCAUUCCCAAGCGGU